UCUAAAUAACAGAGGCAGAGGAGCUCUACUAAUAAUUAAAUAGUAUUUAGAUAAAAAGGAUUUUACCGAUGCAAAAAGGUUAAAACAUGCAGUUCGAGUUAAUUCAUCACAAAUUGGAUCUGGUGCACACUUGUUUAAUGGGACCAAUGGCCUCGUGAAUUUUUGUGCUAGUGCGCCAAUGCAAAUCGGUGAAUUUUAACAUUCCUUAUCUGCCUGAAUUGGGUUGACCCUGCAUUAGGUUGGUCCUAAAGUUACCCAGUGGUUGGGUUAGAAUAGCAAUGUUAAUGGUUGAGGUUCACUCAGCAUUAGGUUGAUCCUAGUAAUAACCCAAUAACUGGGUUAAACUAUCAACCCAUAUUGCUGGGUUAGGAUAACCCAACGUGUGUUCUGUCCAAUAUUUAACCAGCACCCUGCUAAUUUAGAUUGUUUUCAACCCAACAUUUUCUAGAGUGUAUUUUUCGUGUGUCCCUGCAAUCAAUGAUAGGAUAGGGGGUUUUCUCGGGCGACAUCACACAUGUGUGGUCGGACACUGGGACCUUGAAGAAGCGCUUGUCCACCCAACAUAUCUGAUCCCAAGAGGAGAUGAGGAUCAAAACUGCCAGCGCGUACAUUUUCAGGUGGGACAUAAGUGCUCUUCUCAGUAUCUGAAAGAUUGAAGGCGCUUCGCCUAAUUCAUUAACUGACAUUUUGAAGAACUAUGUUAAAACAUUAAAGUUCUGUUUUAAUCUUCAAGAGCCACUGUUUAACUAGAGAGCGAAUCAUGGAGUCGUCUAAUAACUUAACUUGGAUCAUGUGUUCUAAAUGGAAAGAAAAUCCAGAAGGAUCCCUAUUUCACCUCGCCAACAUUUUUAUAUUUUUGGGUUUCAUGGGAGGUAGUGGUUUCUAUGGAUUGUUGUACAUGUUCACCUUUCUAGCGCUUGGAUUCUUUUGUUACACAAUCUGGGCAUGGUCGGACGUCUGCACCACGGACACGUUCUCCUGGACUUUCGUUCUGUUUGUGGUGUCCGUGGCUCAAGUUGUGCAUGUUUCGUAUCGCCUCCGAAGUGUCACAUUCGACAAGGAGUUGCAGGAAUUAUUCAACUUUCUUUUCAAGAAAUUGGGAGUGUCGCUCACCCAGUACGGGAAGAUCGUAUCUUGCUGUGAGGGGGAUAUUCAUACUAUUGAAAAGGACCAUUAUUUCGCCAUGGAGGGUAAAACUGCCAUCGAUAAGUUAUCCGUUUUGUUGUCCGGCAGGAUUCGGGUAACAGUAAACGGGGAGUUCUUGCACUACAUUUACCCCUUCCAGUUCCUUGAUUCACCCGAAUGGGAUUCUCUCAAACCUUCCGAUGAGGGAGUGUUUCAGGUGACACUGCGAGCUGACAACACCUGCAAGUAUGUGGCGUGGAGACGGAAGAAACUGUAUCUUCUCUUUGCCAAGCAUCGGUACAUAGCAAAGAUAUUUGCUCUGCUGGUUCGGAAUGAUAUCGCAGACAAGCUCUACUCGCUUAACGACAAAGCUUUCGACAGCCACGGUUUCCGAUAUGAUCUCCGGUUACCGAGCUUCUGUCACGUGCCCGUGCCAGAAUUAGAAAAAACAGAUGCGCUGGCUGCGAUCCCGGGACAGAGUAAAGAGACCAUGCCUAUUGAAAGUGCCCCGUGAUCCUCUGCUGAAGACAGUUCUUCUAUUUUUGUUGUUGUGAUGAGAACACUGCACAUCGCAUUGUGUUAAAUUCGCCAAAUGCCACUGUAAACAGUUCACAUGCACCGGCAUAUUAUGUGUCUGUCUGUCUCUCUGUCCAAAACGUCAUACUGUGUAAGGUAAUGACUGUAUAACUUAAAUCAAACACAGAGUAGGGCUACUGGACAAGGCCCUGCUACCCUGAUGGCAUGUGUAAUGAUGUGAGAAGUAGCCUGAUGUAUGUGUCAAAUGACUGAACUUAUCAGAGCUGUGCCAAAAACAGCAGCCUUAUGGUGAGACACGUUUAAAACAGCCCACACUUGACUUUUCCAAAGCUGAUACAGCCCUUCAAGAUAGAAACAAUCAGGAUUGUGCAUGCCAUUUUAUUACAUUGUUUUUUGUAGACACCAGCUCUCCACAAAGCAUAUAGUCCGAGCAUUCAACAACUAAAGGUAGGCAACGGGAGACCAGGUGACUUUCACCCAGCUGUGGUGAUGCGGGUGGCGUCGUCUCUGCGUCGCUGGCCGCGGUGCUGAUCCGGACAACGCGCACUAACCCAUUCCGACAACAUUUGGAGGUGCAUCAUAAGAGAAGGUCAGAGGCGGCAUCUCAGACUACAUGCUUCGGGCAAUGGUAUAUAUCAUGUCGGGUUCGUAGUUCUAACUGAAUAAACCACCUUUGCUUUCAAUGCGCAACGACUGGCUCAACAAUGUACCGAUUUAAUGUUUGCUGUUUAGACAGACAGCUUGACAAGGGUCAAGCUUCUCUGAAACCUCAUACGUGUUGAAGGGGGAAUUACUGCAAGAAUGUUACUGUAAUAAAGAAAUACAAUGAAGCCUG